AUGUCGGCAGAGUCGGAGCCUGCGAAGGCGGUACCGCCGUCGCUUUCCGAUGCAUUUGCAAUCACGCCUAGGUUUGCCGAGGCGCGUGCCGUUCAGCAGGCGAAUGCGGGACAUAUGCACGGGUUGGCAAAGCCUAAAAAGGCGCAGCCACACUUCCUCCCCGACUUAAAUGUGCGGCUGCUGUGCCCCGAGUGCCAGACGGUUCCCCCAAACAUUACAGAAGAGUUUGCUAGCGGUGAUCUUGUCUGUGCAGACUGUGGUCUCGUGCUCGGCGACAGGAUCGUCGAUACGCGCAGCGAAUGGCGCACAUUUGCAAACGAGGACGGAGACGAUCCGUCGCGUGUGGGCAGCGCUGCGAAUCCGAUCCUCGAUGGAAUCACAGAGCAACUAGAGAGCAGAAUUGCCGCUCGCGACGGCGGUACAGGCACGUCGCGCGACUUGCUGCGCACCAUGUCGCGCACGUACGGAUCUCGCGAUCGGUCCUUGCUGGACGCAUUCGACUCGAUCCAGAACAAGUGCGACAGUAUUCAUCUCCCACGCACCGUAUGCGACACGGCGAAGCAGGCGUACCGGCGUGUUGACCAGGAAAAGCUACUGCGCGGAAAGCACACCGACGCAAUUAUUGCUGCAGCGAUCUAUGUAGCGUGUCGUGUGAAUCGAGUUCCGCGCACGUUUCCCGAAGUGUGUGCACUCACUUCAGUGCGCAAGCAGCAAGUGGCGCGCUGCUUCCGCGAGAUGAAGGAAGCGUUCGGUUUGAAUGCUACGGGAAUGGGCUCGGUCGCUGGCAGCGAAGCCGCACACGCAGGCGCUGGCCCUGGCCCCGGUACCUCUGGCGCUGGUACGCCGCUUGGCCUUGCGAUUGGCGCAACAGAUUUGGUGGCGCGUUACUGCAACCACUUGGGUCUGGAUAUGUCGAUAGUGCGUGUCACGGAAGCGAUUACGAACCGCAUCCACGACCUCGGCUACCUCGCCGGCCGCUCUCCGAUUACGAUUGCUGCUGCGUCCAUUUAUUUGGUGACUAUCUUGGUCGACGAGCAGCGCACCGCACGGCGAAUUUCCGUGGCUGCCGGUGUCUCGGAUGUGACAAUCAAGCACUCUUUCAAGGAGCUGCUCAAGGUCCAAGACACGGUGCUCACCCCUGAUAUCCUUGCAAAAGACAGCCGAAUCGAUCUGCACCGGUUAGAGAUUAAGUAA